AUGGCCCCGGGCGAUGAGAAGCCCCGCAACCUGUUCCCGACAUUAGCCAAGUACCUAGACAGGCAUCUCAUUUUUCCAAUCCUGGAGUUCCAUGAGCUGAAGGGGACGUAUGCAGCGGAGGAGGUUGCCAAGGGCAAGAUAGAGCUGCUGCAGAAAACCAACCUGAUCGACUUCGCGGCUGAUCUCUACAAGCAACUUCACCACACUGAUGAGGUGCCACAGGAGCUCACCAAGCGAAGGCCGGAGGUCAUCGCAAACUUGCGGCGGCUGGAGGAGAAGGCGCGGCCGAUGAUUCAGUUCCUGUCCAACGCGGAGCUUGUCAGCCGCCUCCGCAAGGACAAGACGUUCAACCUGCAGUUCCUGCACGAGGAGUUCUCCAUCGGCCCGGAGCAGAUCGACGCCCUGUACCAAUUCGCCAAGUUCCAGUACGAGUGCGGCAACUACCAGCAGGCGGCCGAGCUUCUGGACCGGUACAUCACCCUGUGCACGUCGACGGAAAGGCUGUUCAGCUCGCUGUGGGGGAAGCUGGCGGCGUCGAUCAUGCAGGCGGGGCUCACGGGGUCGUGGGAGGCCGCGCAGGAGGACCUCGGGCGGCUGAAGGAGGCGAUCGACAACAAGACGCCCAACUCGAUGGCCCUCAACCUGGUCACCCAGCGCGUGUGGCUCAUGCACUGGUCGCUCUUCGUGCUCCUGAACGUGUCCGGCGGCCGCAGCGCGCUCGUCGACCUGUUCCUCCAGGAGCAGUACAUGAACGCCAUCCAGACGCUGGCGCCACACCUCCUGCGGUACCUGGCCGUGGCCAUCGUGACCAACAAGUCCGCGCGGCGGUCGGCGAUGCGCGAGCUGGUGACGGUCCUGAAGCAGGAGCAGUACGAGUACCGCGACGCGAUCACGGAGUUCGUCCUGUGCCUGUUCGUGGAGCACGACUUCGACAAGGCGCAGGAGAUGCUGCGCGAGUGCGAGCAGGUCAUGUCGGAGGACUACUUCCUCGUCGCCUGCAAGGACGCGUUCCUCGAGUGCGCGCGCCAGUACAUCUUCGAGACGUACUGCCGCCUGCACUCGUGCAUCGACAUCAAGAUGCUCUCGGAGCGCCUCAACAUGAACGAAGACGACGCCGAGAAGUGGAUCGUCAACCUCGUCUCCAGCGCCCGCCUGAACGCCAAGAUCGACUCCGCCAACGGCACCGUCGUCAUGGGCCCGCAGCACUCGAGCCCCUUCGACCAGCUCAUGAGCCGAGCGCGGUCCCUGGCCAUCCGGACCUACAUGGUGGCCAACGUGGUCGUGGGCGGCCGCGUCUGA